AGAAUUCCGUCCGUGCGUCAACAGCAACAGCUAGGAUGUUGCGAUUUCGCUGGCAGCCAAAGAUUGCUGUGGUUGCAGAGAUUACACAGCUGGGUUGAAACCUCGCUCGAAUGUUUUUGGUGGAUGUCAGAUUCCGUGGUGACAUUUUUCUUUUUGCAGCAGAAAGAGACUUUAGCAUUCUGACGACUCGACGCCUGUUUGGGCUGCAUCGCGCGAGAACGUUAGCUGACUAAAAUCACAGUUCUAUCGUAAAUGGGUGCAAUUAAAUAGCCACACGGACUGCUAGCUAUGAGGCAAACAACGGUCGAUCCCCUCUAUUGAGGAUGGAAACAGAUUAUCAGGUAAAACUAACUCGCAAGUUCUACGUCGGUUACAUCGCUCAAGAAUCCAUCAUCUUCAGAGGAUAACCUUACACGAAAUGUCAUAGCGCGUAAGUAGCUAGCACUGAGCUAGCUCGAUAAUGGCUGGAAGAGAUGGAGAUGGACCUGGUUUUUUAUUUUUUUAUUUUUCAUCAGCAGCCGCCGCAGCCGACCACAAACAGCUGGACGGCUAGUUACAGACACACUUUCUCCGGAGAUGCUUUAACCUCCCGGCGAGUGUAAAUCACUUACAUAACCGCUCUAACCAUCACCGACUGGCUUGUGUUCGCAAGCAAAUGGAGACAUUUUCCACCUAAAUCAGGGGUUAUCUCAACGUCCACGUAAGUGGCAGAGGCAACCUACACACCGCACAGACUCAAACUCGUUAGGUUUACAUUAAAUAUCACCACAGCAAACGGCAUCUCACCGCCGUGUGAGAGACUCGAGCCGAGUAUAUAUAUAUAUUUUCUCUCCUCCUUGUCAUUUGGACAAGAUGAGGAAGUUCUUUGAUUCGCGCCGGGAGUUGGUCAGCUCCGGGCCUGGUUCUGGAGGAGGAGGCAGCAGCUCCGGGUCCAGCCAUGCAGGCGGGAAUUUCAUUGGCCGAGCGUUCAGCGUCGGGCGGCACCAGGUCACCGUGGAGGAGAUCAUCGCCGAAGGUGGUUUUGCAAUCGUGUUCCUCGUAAAAACAAACCAGGGGGUGCGUUGUGCGUUGAAGAGGAUGUAUGUCAACAACGAGCAUGACCUGCAGGUCUGCAAAAGAGAGAUUCAAAUAAUGAAAGAUCUUGUCGGCCACAAGAAUAUUGUCGGGUAUCUGGACUCAAGUGUCACAGCUAUGGGCUCAAGGGAUGUAUGGGAGGUUCUCAUACUAAUGGACUACUGCAAGGGAGGCCAGGUGGUCAACCUGAUGAACCAGAGGUUGCAGACUGGCUUCACAGAGUUGGAGGUGCUGCAGAUCUUCUGUGACACAUGUGACGCUGUGUCUCGCUUACAUCAGCGCAAGGCGCCCAUCAUCCACAGAGACCUAAAGGUGGAAAACAUCCUGUUGCACGACAAGGGGCAUUAUGUGCUGUGUGACUUUGGCAGCGCCACAAACAAGUUCCAGAGCCCUCAGACUGAAGGAGUGGCUGUAGUGGAGGAAGAGAUCAAAAAGUACACCACUUUAUCAUAUCGUGCUCCAGAAAUGGUGAACCUGUACAACAACAAGAUUAUCACCACCAAGGCCGACGUCUGGGCACUGGGCUGUUUGCUGUACAAGUUGUGCUUCUUCACUCUUCCCUUUGGUGAAAGCCAGGUGGCCAUCUGUGAUGGCAGUUUCACCAUUCCAGACAAUUCCCGUUACUCUUACGACCUGCACUGCCUAAUUCGAUAUAUGCUGGAGCCUGACCCAGACAAGAGGCCUGACAUCUACCAGGUGUCUUUCUUUGCUUUCAAACUUGCCCAGAGGACCUGUUCUGUUCAGAAUGUGAAGAAUUCUCCAAUUCCUUCAAAACUUCCCGAGCCAGUCAAAGCAAGUGAGGCUGCAGCAGCAAAGAAGAGCCAGGCAAAGCCCAGAUUGACAGAUCCUAUUCCCACCACUGAAACCUCCAUCACCCCACGCCAGAGACCUAAAGCGGUGCACACCCAACCUGCUGCUGGCAUCCUACCCAUCCAACCGGCUGCUCUCACUCCUCGCAAGAGAGCUAAUCUCCCUGGUGGUGCAGCUCAGCCAGUGGGAGUCAGCUUAGACCUCUCCCAGCCAGCUGUAGCCCUGCAGUCACAGAAGGCACAGGCGUCAGCUCAGCCGUUCAUCCAGACACAAAACACUACGAGUCAGUCUGCCACUCCGCCAAAGCAGGUUAUGCAGCAAGCUGCAGCUGCUGGAGCGGAGACGGCAGCAUCAGCGGCCCCGCCAGCGGCCAAAGCCGACGCACCCCCACAAGCACAGCCAACAGCCCAGCAGCAGGCUGCCCCUCCCUCUGCGGGCAGCUCCACCCCCCAGCAGGGGGCACAGACCCCAUCCAGCCCAGCACCACCUCAGCGCCCGGCGCGUCGCAAGCAAGCUAACCAGCCUUAUCAGCCGGAGGCCCCGUCCUCUCCCAUUAAACAGGCAUCUGGUCAGCCGGGAGCCGCUCCGCAGCAGAUGAGUCAACCUCCAGCUGCACAUGCUCAGCCUGCCUCCGCUGACAUGAGCCAAAAGACAGCUGACACAACUCCUCCUGCCACUCCAAAGGCGGCUGAGGAACGAGGCCACCAACGCACAGCGAGUGACGCAGCGAGCGCUGUAGCCGCCGUUCCGGGCGGUGACUCCUCACAGCAGCCGCCAGGAACCAAUGGAGAGGCUGCCGUCUGUCCAUCGCUUACAUCUCAGCCAAGCGCCGUCCAUCCUGGUCAGCUCAGUCUUAGUGACCCAACAGACCAGAGCAAAGCCCCCACUGUUGCUCCCACAGACACCCCCACUCAGUCGGCGUGGAAUCCAUUUGAUGACGACAACUUUUCCAACCUCGCCGCCGCGGAGUUCAAACCUGAUGACAAAAAAGCUAAUGACCUACCACCAGAUACUGAUGCAAAACCCUGUGAGGAGCUCAUACCUGGUCUACUGGCCUCAGCUGUGGAAAAUACCACCCAAGAAACUGUUGAACGGCCAUCUGCGAUUCUGGAAUCAGGAGCCUCUCUGCUGGCUGUCCCAGAUCCGUUCAAUACCCUCGAAAUGUCAGAUGCUCCAGAGAAGCUGAUCGAAGGACUCAAAUCGCCUGACACGUCCUCUCUUAUGCUUCCCGACCUGCUUUCAUUGUCUGAUCCUUUUGGCGGUUCCGUCGAAGAGUCUGCAAAAGACCCUCUGACCACAGAGGAGUCCCUCCUGGGCUGCUCUCUGAUGUCUGGUCCUCCUGCUCCCGUGGCAGUCAGCAGUGCCACUUCCUCGGCUCCCACCUCCGCUCUGGAUGAUUUCAGCAUUUUGUCUGGAGACUCUGUGCAGUCUAAAGGAGACUCGUCUCUCCUGAUUUCGGACUUUGAGCCGCAGCAGGCCAGCGCAGAGGCGGCCACAGAAGAAGAUGAGUUUGAUCCUAUUCCCGUCACGGGCAGAAAGAAUUCCCAAGUUUCAGGAGGCCACUCGCGCAGUAACAGUGGUGGCUCUGAAUCCAGUCUGCCCAACUUGGCUCGCUCCCUGCUGCUGGUGGACCAGCUCAUCGACCUGUAGGCGGCCCAUCCCCCUGAUAGAAGCUGUAACUCUGGAUUAUAGCCCGCCAUAGCAUAGCAACAAUCAACACUGUUGUCCUAGCUAGCUCCCUGCAUCCCCCUGGCUGUCAUCAUGAUAGUUCCGACAGUAGAAACGUCAUUCACCUGUCAGCGCUUCUUCAUUCCUGCUUUCUACUUCAUCGACCCCGUGAUCUGCCUUCUCUCGUUCUCUCCAUUCUCUCAUCCUCACGCUCGGGUUUUCUGUUUUUCGCCAUCUCCACCCAUCACAUUAGGGAAACGCCAUCAUUAGUCUUUCAAAAAAAAGAAUUGUGAUAUCUUUUCUGUCAAUCGGGAUAAAAACCUAUCUAUCCAGUUUGUUUGAAUAAUACUGCAGUAUGUCUAAUAGUAAACAUUAGAGGAUCAUUGUUGUAAUGUAUAAUAGGCAUAGUUCUAAGUGGUUGUAGUUAUCGUGCACAAGUGAAUUUGUAGUCAUUUGCCUUUUUAAAUUCUCCUCCCUCAAUUUAUUUGCACAUUUUAAAGACAAAAAGGUGGAAAAGUCCAAUGGCCGCUUCCUGAGAUGAGGUUUAUUUCUGUAGGCGAAAGCUGCUGCAGCCGCUGUCGACUUAACUUGAAAGCAUCAAGCCGAGUCACAAUUCCGAAAACGGAACAGCCCUAAACACCAAACGCUAAUGUGCCAUAAAGCAGUCUGAGAAGACAACUGGUGUGUCUCUGGUAGUGUAUCCGCUAAGCAGCAGCAGAAAAACAAACAGAUUACACCUCCGAGGCAACAGCUCCUCACUGCAGUUGUUUUGAGCCUAAUUAUUGGACUUAUUUCACUAAAGGCAAGCAAAAUGUUGUGUUGGAGUUCAACCAGAAACCAGGGUCAUUUAAGUGUGUUGAUAACAGCGUGCCAUUACUCAUAGAAAUGCAUGAAAUCAUGAAAAUAAUUUGAUUAAACAAUAGUAAUAGAAAAUAGAAGACAGUGCACAGUAGCUAUGUACACACACAGAUAUGUAUAUAUAUAUAUAUAUGUAUAUAUACAUAUACAUACAUAUAUAUGUAUAUUCUCACACACUUUUCUUUCAUACAUGAACGCAUUCCUUUCACAUUGUUCGAUCCCCUCAACAUUCCUGUCAUUUGUUUACCUAAUUUAUGUAAAUAGAUAUCUGCAACUACCCUGCAGCCUCUUAUCCAGAACAUAUAUAUAUGAAUCAAGCUUUACUUGUGGAUGACCUAUUGCUUUACUUGUGAAUCUGACAUGUCAUAUAUAUGACAUUGUUUUCCUGUUAAUACAUGUUAAUAUAAAUAGAGUGUUAGAGAAUGAAUGUAAGAAAUAAAUAUUAGUCUAUAAUAAAAUCUAUGAUUCUUAACAUCAUAAUCAUUCAAUAAUAUUGAAAAAUAUACAAAUAUUUCAUUCCUCUGUGUGGAAUUGUGUGCUAAGAGUUUUUUUUCUUGGUUAUAUCUAUUCAGUAACUGUCAGUACAUUAAGAUGUAUAGAUGAUGAUGAUAAUGAUGAUGAUGAUAAGUUUUUGUCCAACCUGAAAGAUUAGGACUUAUACCAUGUUUUAUUCCAACUUUGUGGACAGAAAAAAAAAAAAAGAAAAGUGAGCCGCUGUUUUAUUUGUUUACAUUGACUGGUGAAGGAUUCUAUUUUCAAACAAGUUGGAGCUGAAUGGUUUCGGUCUUAGUCCCGUUUCAUCCAAACGGCUGGAGCCAUCACAGGAUUCAUAUCAAAAAGCAUGGCAGUAUUGUUGAAUGUUCUGUUCACGUGCGUUGGUGCUCCGUGUUCUGAUAAGUGUGCGUGUGUGGAGUCCAUAUUGUUGGAUGUGUUCUCCGGUAGCCUUCUUGUGUCGUCGUCCGCUGCGCGUAUGGCUACAGUCAGGUCGUCUUUGAAAUCUCCUCUGAAAGCACAGCCCCGCCCCACCCCCCCCGCCCCCUGAACUGUCUCAGGUAGUCAGAGCAGCAUCCCUCGUCUGGA